UAUACGUUCUCACACCCAACUUGAUCUUCAAGCACCCUCCCACUCUUUACAGUUUUGCAGUGCGUCUCUCACGCAUCUCUCUCUCUCUUUCUCUCCCUUUUUUAACGUUCUCUCUCUCGACCGAUCGGACAAUUUUUACAUAAUCGAUCGGGGUGAUUCGUUUCAUUGCGCAUCGUCAGCUGGUAGUGGCAGGACGCGCGAUCGUUCCGUCUGGUUGCUUCGUCGGCAAACUCAAGCAAACAAUCAAAAGUCGCCAAACUUGGCACGCGUGUGUGCAGUUGGUGUUUCCAUUGUUGAAGUGAUAAACUCGAAUCGAUUCCAUCGGUUGUUUGAAGUGAGGAAGUUGAUGCGAAGAAGUGAUCGAGCAUAGUCUGUGGAUUUAAUUUCGAUUCUUGUCGAUCAUCAACGUCCACGUACGUGUUAAACGAAUGAUUGUGAAUGUGUAGUGCAAUGUGAUGCAGAUAGAAUGGCCUUAUGUAGUGAUUGCGUGCCUCUAAGCAUAGCAAGUACAUUGAAGAAUUUGUGCACGUGUACGAGCAAGUGUUUGAAUUGAAUAAUACAGUGCUUGAUAUAUCCGUUAGUUAAGUGUUCGCGAUGGCUUUGGUGAACUAUACGCUGCCAUUUGGCAAUAUUCAGCCCCCAACGUGGGCUACCGUAAGCCCGUUGCAAAAUCAGCAUGCAUCGGCUGUAAACAAUCUGCUGUACGGUCCCGCUGGCCAUCAAGGAGAUGAUCAGGAUUUUUACAAAAAUGCUCCAUAUGCUCCACCACAACGACAAGCAAAGCAGUCUCCUCAACAACAACAGCAGCAGCAACCGCAGCAACAUUCUAUUCAGUACCGACAAACACCCAGGAACAACUACUUGCCUCCUCCAUCGUACAUCCCGCCAAGUGCCAACUAUCCACAGGCACCCACACCACCCCCACAGACACAGCAACCACCCGGUCGGACGUACGGUGAGGGUACGUACGGGGACGGUACCGGUAAUCCGUCGAAUGCGGCGGGUGUUCCGCAGCAACCUCAGCCACCGUCUCAGCAACCCGCGUACUACGAGUACUCGUCCGGUAGCUACGCUACGCAACCUGGCCGUCCAUUUGCGGAUCAGCACGCGAACCCACAGACGGGUACCAGCUAUCGUACCAAUACUCCACAGCCGGCGGCACCACGUACGCCCGUCAAUCAGGGUGGCGCCGCCGCCGCCAACUACCCGCAGAGACCGCCCGUGUAUGCUAGCGUGGGGUCAACCGGUACCCGUACCUCGAUACAUCCGGUGCUGGAUUACGAUGAGGAGGACGAUGACGAUUACUACGACGAAGCGGUGGAGGUGACUCCUAUUGUUGGGAUCUCAGAUAACCGAAAAAACUCUCGCAUGCCAACAGUCACACCGAUCCAGGGGCCCAUAUUUAUAAAGAAUGGGACCGUACCUGUUGUGCCAUUAUUCGCGUAUCCUCAAGUCAGCAACGGAACAUUCAUCCAAAUACCGAUAUGGUGGACAGCUUUAUCCGUCGCACUCGGGCUCAGCAUUCAUGGAGAUGUCAUCAGAGGUGUUCCUUGCAUAAAGAAGUACCAUCAACUGUUCUGUCCGACGGCGGGCAAUACCUAUCCUAGUGACAAGAUUGAGAUGUUCAUCGACGAGAACAAAGCACUAAUGAAGCGAAUGUACGGUGACUUCGAGAUGGCAUCACGGUUUCCGUCGUCGUCCCCGGGGCGGAAACGUAAGCGAAGUGUACCGGGGAUGGAUCCCUACGGUGAUGAUGACGAGUUUACGCUACUGCCGGAACUGAUGGACCUGUACGGUGAGCCGGGCGGUGAGGUACGGCUCGGUGGCGACUCGUACUUCAGCAAACUGCGCAAGAAACGCCAAAAUCAGAACACUAGCGCCCGAGGUAAUACUGGUGGACGUGGCAGCGGUGCCAGUAGCGGUGGAUCUAGUGGAGGAAGUACCAAUGCACGCCAGACGGCAACUCCAGCCAACGGGAAUGGUGGCGGUGGAGGUGGCGAAUCCAACACGGGCAGGGUUGAUGCCUGCGAGUCGAAGAUCGAGAUAGUGACGCCAUACUGGGCGACGAAUUCCGCCGGCAAGGUGCGCGCCAUCGUCAACACGCAGCACUUUGAGCAGGCGAUCCACCAGGAAGUGUGUUCGCCCAGCAAAACCCAAACUAACCGUUGCUCCGGAGACUGUGGCUGUGAGCAGAAGUACAAAUGGCACCGAUUGCUAGCGUACGAUCCGGACAACGAUUGUAAGGGCAUCUUUAUGGACUGGUUCCUGUUUCCUUCUUGCUGCGUCUGCCGGUGCAAUCCUUAGCUCUGGAUCUCGUGAUCUUCAGGGAGACACCAAAUUGAAGAGAUUUUUCAUUGAUUCCUCUCUCCCCAUCCUCCCCAGUUAGUAGACACCUUAUUACUAUAUUUGUCACAAUUCUAUUUCCAUCGUAUCUAUGUAAGCACCAGCAAAAUAUACAACGAGCGGUAUCGCUUGUUGUGUCUUCAUAAACUUCUUUUUUUAAUGCUGUAUGUUUUAAGUUUUUAAAGUACUAUCUAUCCAUUUUAUUCUGCUCUCAAGCAUAACAAUAAACGUGGAAGCUACUUACCACUAUUGAAACAUUA